AUGGCGACGUCGACGACGACGGUGGCUAGUAUACAUGACCCUUCGAGUGCGGAGUACAAAAAGGCAAGGAGGAGAUAUCUGAAGACCACACGGAACAGGGACAAUCGCGUCGAUUACGAAUGGACUCCUUUCAGAGCGGCGGAGAAGAAGUAUAAGGCGCGGUUUCCCCCUCCUGAUCUAUCAAAUGUGCUAGACCUAGCCACGCUGGACGAAAGCAGACGGGAGGAACUUGCCCAAGGCGGAUGGGUUGGUCGGUCAGAUGCUGUCGAGUGGAAAGUGAUCAGGCUUUCGGAAAGUAACUCUGGUCGAAAGGCGUACACUAUUCCCCGCAUACCCGGACUCGUCAUCUUGCCAUCGUAUAUCUCGCGCGAGGCGCAGCGAGACAUGAUACGAUGGAGUCUUCGCGAUCACGCAAGAUACCCAAAUGAAACGAACCUCGAUACGCAUUACAUCGUUCCACAGGAGGGCAUCUGGAAUAUAUCCCUAAGGUCCCAGCAACGGGACGGCCAAGAGGAAACGAUACACCCUCGGGCGUCCUGCAGCUCCCAGCCUCCUCCGGCUGAAAUACCAGAAGACACCAAACCGGGGCCUCGGAAGCUCAUCUCGAACCCCCCAGCUUCACCUGACACCUUCCAGGAUAUUGCAACAUCUCCAAAGGCCCCCGCUCCGCCGUCAAAUACGGUCGCGCCGGCCCCCGCAUCCAGCGUUGUCCGUAAACUCAGGUGGGCAAACAUAGGAUGGUCCUACCACUGGGGCAGCAAGCAGUAUGACUUCUCGAAAGGGAAAGCGGAGGUAGACCCCGUCUUACGCGGGGUGUGCAGAAGGAUUGUCCAGAGCAUAGAAUGGGCAGAUGUAUACGCCGAGGACGAUAGUUCGCAAGAGGGUUGGGGGCCAGAAGGGCCAGACUGGAUGUGUUGGGACGAAACUUACGAUCCCGACGCUGGUAUCGUGAAUUUCUAUCAAACGAAGGAUACACUUAUGGCCCACGUUGAUCGCUCAGAGGUUUGCGCCACUUCACCUUUGGUCUCCAUUUCGCUUGGCAACGCCGCCAUAUUCCUCAUAGGCGGACUGACUCGGGACACAGAGCCCACCGCCGUCCUCCUGCGCUCAGGGGACGUAGUCAUCAUGUCCGGGCCCGCAUGCCGGAGAGCAUACCACGGUGUACCACGAAUCCUAGAGAACACCCUACCCACCCAUCUUGAAGAAGGGGACGACGACUGGGCCGUGUACGCGGAUUACAUGCAGACCUCGAGGAUAAACGUGAACGUUAGACAGGUCUUCCCGAUAGGUUUCACUCCUGACUUGCCAAACGACAAGAAGUGA